GUGUGUGUGUGUGUGUGUGUGUGUGUGUGUGUGUGUGUGUGUAUAGCUAGCUAGCUAGCUAUCUACGUAAACAUGGCUGUCGGAAAGUGAGACGCAAGUUAAUAUAAACCCCGAGCCGAAAAAAACACGUCUACAAGGGGACGAAAGGAGACGUAGUUUAUAAAUGAUAUAAAACCAACAUGUCUCGGCACAGAAAUGUCCGAGGCUGCAACUACGACGAAGACUUUGAUGAUGAGGAAGUAUAUGGACAGUCUGUUGAUGAUGGCUACUGCUUCUCCCCUGCUACAGGCAAGCUGUACUCAUGUCUGGACCAGAUGCGUGAGGUGCUGGGUGACACAGUGCCGGAGUCUGUCCUUAUCCAGGUUGCCUUGCCGUGCGCCGUCGACCCCGAGAGAGCCCUGGACACCAUUCUAUCAGACGAGAGCAUCGGUGCACCGCUCCGGUCCGCACCACUGCCGCAGAGAGCCAAUAAGGAGAUGGCAGCGGCACCAAUAUCCAAUCAGGAGGCAUCAGCCACCCCACGACCAAAGAAAGGAGCCUGCCUAUCCAACUCUGCCACUGUACUCACACCAACACACACACCAGCUAUACGUCCAUCUGCCGAACCCCUGAACCUCGGUGACCUCCUAGCUCGGCCGGUGAAAGGUCGCUGUCGUGACACUCACGACCUCUCCGCUUCCACUCUGAAUUUCGCGGCGGGUUCCGCAAGGCCCUUGGCGACGGUUGCCGAGGCGGGGAGCAGCAGCAGCAGCCUGGCCCAGCUGAUGUCUGAGCACGAUCAGAAGAAUCAGAAGGCGGGACUCCCCUCACUGUCCUCAUCUCCACUGGCUGCUCUUUCUGGCCUCUCAUUGGGCACUCUAGCGUUGUUAAACUCUAACUCCGCCCCCAUUGCUACAAGUCCCCCCGGCCUCCUUGCCUCCUCUUUGAGUAGCUUGUCUUUAGGCAACUCCAAACUGACAGCUCCGGGCGCCAAUAUGGCCCCUCCCUCCUUCGUCAGCCUGAGCUCCGUCCUCCAGAGCAGCCGACCAAUGGAGAUAGGGUCUGGGGGAGGGGCUAAGGGAGCGGAUCCCAAAGGAAGCCCGUCAUUGGCUGAGCUGAUCCAGGAACAUUCCAACAGCAGCCCCACCUUCUACAGAACACUCCCCGGUCUCCACGGGAACGGCUCAAUCCCCAUUGCUCACGGCAACACAACUCGGUCCGCCGUCGGACCAGCGCCAGCUCUCACACGUUCCCCGUCCCAACUCCAACAGUCCUCAGGACCUCUGAACACACACUGUUCCCCCCAGACCCAUAUCGCGACAACACCAGAACCUCACAUCCUCUCUCUGUCUCUGGUACCAGCAGCAGACCCAAAUGAGGUAGUACCACCACCGGGCCUACUGGGGGAGCUCUCUCAACUAGCCUCUCAGCGCCGCAACAGAACAUCCUCCGACACCCCACCAUCAGUCUCCCUCGCCGCACUCCUGUCACCAGGGAAACCACAGCCAAGAAGUAUCCGAGAGGGUGGAGUCGGAGACGAACCCUGCCCUCUUUUACCACCCACUCCCCUGAGUCUCCACCCACCGUGGGGCGAUCAGAUUGUUGAUCUAAGCUCGCUCAUGGCCCAGUCGUCCAACGGUGGUGGGUCGUUUGCGAGUCGCCAUGACAAAGGCCUCUCCUCGCCGUCCGAGGUCGCCGUGCGGUCAGACCACCACCGCCACGGUUCCUCUGUGUUCGCUCGGCCGUCCGUCUUCGCCCUGACCCUGUCGGUGCGUGCGCCCAGCCGGGGGAUGAUGAAGAGGAGGAGGAGGAUGAUGAUGAUGAUGAAGGCUGUGGGAGAUCUGAGGUUAGAGGUCAGAGGAAGGGGUCACCCGGCGUUUCUGUACGGAACACAGACCCAGCUGGUCAAAGCUAAAGAACAGACGCCCCUCUUACCCAUAACCCCUUUCACCUUCGACACGCCCUCCCCCGACGACGUCGUACGAGCCAAUCAGAAGAAGGCCUUCACCCGCGAGUAAAGGAAGUGGACUGUCUGUCGCUAGGCUACGCCCCAAAUGGCACCCUAUUUAGUGUAUUACUUUUGUCUCUGUUUUAAAAGUAGUGCACUGUACAGGGAAUAGGGUGCCAUUUGGGACAUGGGAUUGAAGAACAACAACGGGGCAGUUGGAGGUUUUAUAAAAGAAAGGAAUUUUUUUUUUUAAACGUCUGUUUUUAAAUUCCUCUGAGAGUUGUUGUAUUAAAAAAUAUAAAAGCGUUUUUUUUUUCUACUGUAGGCUAGGUAAGAUUUAGCUCCCAUUUGAUUUGGAUAGUCCAGAUAGUCCAUCUGUAGAUGGUCAUGCUAUCUACAAAACUCUUUGUUGAUAAGCAACUGUUUGCUAAAGUUACGGUUAGGAUUAGAAUAAGGAUUAGGAUUAGAAUAAGGGUUAGGAUUAGAAUAAGGGUUAGGAUUAGAAUAAGGAUUAGGGUUAGGAUUAGGAUUAGGAUUAGAAUAAGGAUUAGGAUUAGAAUAAGGAUUAGGAUU